AUGAUAAAGCGGUCGGUUGACCAGAUAGCUGUUUCGUUUCAAUUACAUUCAUCCAGGGAAACCCUCCCACUCUCCCUCCCAGCACAGAUGACCAGAGAGCCCGACAACGACAACAACGACGACAACAACAACGACAACGACGACAAUGACAACGACAACAAAAAAAACAACAAUAACCACAACAACGACGACGACAACGGCAACAACAACGACAAUGAUAACAACCACAAUAACGACAAUGACGACGACGACGAUAACAACAACAACAACAACACUCUGGGAGAAAAAAAAAAUGUCGACGUCGACGACGACGACAACGACAACAACAACCACAACAAUAACAAUAACAACAAUUGA